UUAAAAUAAUAAAGCAGCCUUUUAGUAUUUUGUUUAGGCCAUAGCUGUACCAAAGCUUCCCUCUGUAGUUACCAACGCCCCUUUCAAAGAUCUACAAAUUUCUCCCUCCCUUGUUCUCUUUCUCUCUUUACGCUUAAUCCAGUUUUUAUUGCUCUGUUCUUACUUACAUAAUAUUCUUGGCUUUGGAUCGGAAUUAUUUGAUUAAAGCUCCUCUAAACCAAGGUUCGAAACAAACUUUUCCUUUUUCUCUCUGAUUCCAGGAAGGUUGUGAUGGCGAGUCGAGUGAAGGAAGAUGAAAAAAAUGAGCGAAUAAUUCGGGGUCUUCUCAAACAACAGGAGAAUCGUAGAUGUAUUAACUGCAACAGUUUGGGGCCUCAAUAUGUUUGCACAAAUUUCUGGACAUUUGUUUGCACUAACUGUAGUGGAAUACAUCGGGAGUUCACACACAGAGUUAAAUCAGUGUCUAUGGCUAAAUUUACUUCUCAAGAAGUUAGUGCUCUUCAAGAAGGGGGAAAUCAGCGUGCAAAAGAAAUCUAUUUUAAAGAAUGGGAUCCGCAGCGUAAUUCUGUUCCUGACAGCAGCAAUGUUGAGAGGCUUCGGGACUUCAUUAAGCAUGUAUAUGUGGAUAGAAGAUAUAGUGGCGAGAGAAACUAUGACAAGCCCCCACGGGGAAAGAUGGGUGACAAGGAAGACUUGUAUGAGAAUAGGAGGACAGAUGGAUAUCAGGGAGGGUCCAGAAGUCCACCAUAUGAAGAUACAUAUGAACGCCGUUACAAUGAAAGGUCCAGUCCUGGGGGAAGAAAUGAUGAUAGAAAUUCGAGAUAUGGUUAUGAUGAAAGGCGAAGUCCUGGAUAUGAUCAAGAAAGUCGACAAUAUGGUGAUUACAGAAAAAGUCCUGCUCGUCCUGAAGUUGUCAAUGACUGGCGUCGAGAAGAUAGAUUUGGUAAUGGGAGGAAACCUGAAGAUCGUAGAAUAUCUGAUGGAGAUCCAAAGCUGGAAGGGAGGUCACCUGAGCGACCAAAAGAGUUAGGCUCAUCCAGUCCCCCAGUAGUUCGCCCUGUUAGAGAAAUUUUGGGUGAGAAUGUAAUACCACUUCGUAUAAGUGAACCUCCAAAGGCAAAUGGCAGCAGAACUGUUGAUGUCCCUCAGACACAGCAGAGAACUGCAUCUUCCAGCAGCUUGGGAUCUACCAGCGGGAAUCCAGCAGAAGUCAAAUUGGAAACAACUGUGAGCUUAAUUGAUUUUGAUGCUGAUCCUGAGCCUCCAGCAGCUCAGGCGGUUACUCAGACACAACAAACAACAGUGACUCAAUCCAUUGUGCAGCCAACAAGAUCUACCAAUGACAACAACUGGGCCUCUUUUGAUUUUACCCCUCAGACAAAAGUUUCUCAGGCCCCUUCAAACAUGAACACCCUGGACUCUGUUCUUUCUCAAUUGUCAGUGCCAGCAUCUGUGCCUGGUCAGAUAUCAGGACCAUCUACCAUUGUUGGUGGUCAGAUACCUGCUCCUGUGGUCAACAUGAGUGUAUCACCUCUUGGUGGUAAUCCCAAUGUUGCAUUCACAGGGCAAAUACCCUUUGGUGCUGGUGCUCCUGCAGUUGCACCAGUUAGCAAUUUCUCAACAUUGCCUCCUACUGGUGCUUUGGCAGCUGCUCCUGGAUUAACUCCUAUAAUGCCUGUCAGCAGUGGUAGUUCCCAGGUCAGUGUAAAUAAUGCUGGACUAUGGCCUAAUGUGCAGCAUCAACAGACUUCCUUUUUCUCUGCAGCCGGCAGUCAGUCUACUGCCCAACAAUUUAUGCCACCGGUUGAUGGAGCUUCAACCAGUCAGCCAUGGAAUUUUGCUCCUUCCCAGCAUAUGCAGGGGCAUUUGAGUGCACCUGCUGCACAAACACCUCAAGCUGUCUCACAAUCAGUGCUGGAUGUUACUUCUACUGGUGCAUCACAGCCUCCAUCUAUAGAAACAAAAGCAAGUGGAAGAAAAGAACUACCUGUGGAUUUAUUUACUACAACCUAUCCAACAUAUCCUGCACCUGCAGCAGGGUGGCAAACUGGCCCACCCCGUGGUAUGGGGUUCAUUAUGCAAUAUAGUACUGCAGUGCCAAUGUCUGCUUUUCCGCAAUCAUCAAAGUCAAUAAACCCAUUUGAUCUUGGUGGUGAAGCACCUCCAGUUCAAAAUCAAACAUUCCCUUCAAUGGCUUCCUUACAAGGUGCCCUACCAAAUGUGCCACCUGCUUCUGGCUUAGUACGCGCUUCUAGCCUUGGUACUCCAUCAUCAGCAUGGAUGCCAGCUCAGGCUUUACCUUAUGCAUCAGGGAUGCCAUCCCAGUCACUGCCUUAUGCAUCAGCAGUGCCGCAAAGGGCAUACACCGGAGCACAGUUACCUAGUAACUUGCCACCUUCCAGCCAUCAAAUCGGCAUUGGUAGUGAGGCAUCUUUUGGUUUUGUAAAUGCUGAUCAACAGGUGGCUGGUAGAUUCUCAGCACCGACUACCCCACAGCCAUUCUCUUCUGUUGGCGGCAACCCAUUCGGCUGAAUAUAAAUAACAAAGCAUCACGGACCCCAUGUCUGGUUAAGCAUCCUCUUGUUGCUACCUGUUAAAUUGAUGGGUGGAAAGUUUUGGUUUUUGUUCAAAUGAUCCAAGCCCUAUUAUAAAUUUUCCGUUGUUCGUUUCCGGGUACAAGGAUCUGAUAUCCAUACUGGCCAUAGAUAAUUAGUUUGAUGCUCCCACAGAGAGAGAAAGAGAGAGCAAGCCAACGAGUUGCAAGCUGGGAUUUACAAGGAGACUACGGAUAAAGCUUGUGGGGGACCUAGGUUUUAUAUUUUUUCCUUCUUGUGUGGAUAUGAUGUUUACCGUAAUUUCCAUGGAGUGAUCUGUGUGUUGCCUGAAAAUUGUUAUCAUUUCACCCCUCCCCUUUCUUUACCUUCUAUUUUUCCCCUAGUGUUGUAUGAUUUUGCAGUCUCUCAAUGACGAUCCGGUUGACCGCUUCAGAGCACGUGAAAAUUUAUGAAGUUGUCACAGUUUGUAACUUUGUAAUGUAAUAUUAUUGAAUAUUGAGAUUAUUUGAAGAAUUUGUGAUAUCUACGCCAUCA